UGCACACAGACACGUGCUGGCUGGCUGAAACCUCCUCCUCCGUUUUCACUUUCUCUCUCUCUCUCUCUCUCUCUCUCCCUCCACUCCUCUUCACCUCGGCUGUCCCGGCUUUAUGGUCGAUUGUUGCGUCAGAGGGAGUCAGCAGGAAGCAUGCCCAGCGAGAGCACCCACAGAUGUGUCCCUUCAGACCAGCAUCUGGCACCGGGCGACAAUGACAUCCCUGCACCAGACAUGACCCGGUAUCCGUCCACAGACUCCACUCUCAGUGACAGCACCCCUCAAAAGCUUCUCCUGUCAUGCGCCUCGCCAUUUGGACCUAGACUUUUUUAUGCAACGCCACACGCCUCUGGUUCACCUAGGCCUCAGCCCGAGGGCUCGGAUCAACAUCACAGAACUUCCUCCAGACGCUCCGGGAUGCUGGGCGGCCAUGGACCUCGUGGUAGCAACAUCCCUGUGAAAAUGGAAAGGAUAAAGGUCUUGACGGGGUCAGAGGUGGAGAGUGACUUUCAGGAACCAGAGACCUGGGACACCCGAGUGGUGAUGGGUCAGGAGACUCUGCUCAAAGCUGCGGAGUGGCCAAAGGGCAAGCUCAUGGGGGAGCCACUGCACCAGGCUGCCCCAGACCCAGCGCCCGCCCAGCCAGAGGAUGCUGUGCAACACCCCCAGAAACAGCACAGCCAGCUGAAGAGCUUGCUCGGUCCCCAGCUCAUGGACACGGAUGGUCCUCCCGCUGGGUGUGAGACGACUAAAGAUGGGUCAUCUAUCAAUGAAGCGCAGGGUCCAAGAUUUUCUCAGGAUGAAGUGCCUUCCUCCGCCUCUGGGCUAAACCCUGCUGUAGCGUUGUCCUUUUCUGAGCCGCCGUUUUCUGUCGACCCUCUCAGGGUGGGUGUGCCCUCAUUCCUGGAACCGGACCUAUAUUACACUGCUCCUUCAACUCCAAUCAAAGUGGCUUCCCGCUCUCUGAAGCAUCACUCCUAUCCUGGUUCUCCUGCCUGCCCUCUCUCACCUGGCUCACCCUCAGACAGUGAGGACCUCUGCUCUCCUUUGACGUCUUCUUCUGGUUCUUACGUGACGGCAGAAGGAGGUAGCUGGACCUCUUACACUUCCUCCACCUCACCCUCUGCUUCUCCCAAUAUGCUUCUCACAGAGGAGGCACAGGAAGCCCCCGCUUGUUUUGUCGGCUCCCUAUCGGAGAUCGGUGACGUCGCCGGGGAGGAGAAGGGCCGGGCGUGCCCAGAGUCGGGAGAGAAGCCGGCGUCCUCUUGUCACCCCGAAGAUGAUCCACAGGCAUGUAGGUCUAGGAUCCGGAGGGAGCCCAGCGCUGAGACAGAGGGAGGUGCUUCCGUAGUAGGUAGAAGCAAUGGUCCUUGUUUGUCUCCUCACAACAGUAUUAAAAGCCGAAGCAGUGACUCACAGGAGUCUGAGAAUUCUUUUUGCUCGCAGGCAGAAGCUGAAAGUGCUGAGUUUUCUGGGCCCUUUCAAGCCAACUUGAGGCUAGAAUUGGAUGUUUGUGUAGCAGAGGACGCAACGGAGCUCCACUCUCCGUCCUCGACCCCCGACUCACCUGUCAUUCCUCUGGAUGGUCUCUGCCUGGGAGCCUUCGACAGUUGUAGUGCGUUUCUGCUGUCUCAGGCAGCCCACCCAGAAAACACACCUGGAGAAGACGGAAUGAUCCCGGCCUCUCUCAUCUCCUUGCCGCUCCACACUGACCUCAUAUUCCGAGCCGAUUCCAUGGAAAUCACACUGUUCCCCACCGAGGACGAGGGGGAAGUGGUGGCUGAGAGAAACCAAGACGAUGAUGUGGAUGCUUACGCAGCAGGGGAGGAAGAAGCAGACGUGGAAGACGAUGACGAAGACGAUGACGAUUCCGAUGAUGUCAAUGGUAACAAGGUGCUGGACGGUGACCUGGCUUAUCCGAUACACUGCAGCCAUGGUGGGGCAGGCCAGGUGGCUGGAGAGGGAGGAAACGAGACGGACAAGGAACAUGAGGCUCAGGAAGUGGACGAUCUUCCAGAUGAGGACAGCUCAGCCUCCUACCUUCGUUCCCUCUCAGAUACGUCUUUGAAUGAAGGGUUGGAUGAGUCCUUCUGUUACCACGAUGACACAGAGGAGUCCUUGGAUUCCGCCUCGUAUAACGGUGAAGAAGAGGAACGACUGUACAGCACUGAGAGGCAUGCGCAGUCUCAGGAGCCCACUUCAGGUGAUGAGCUCCAGCUGCCAGGACGACCUGCACCUGAGCAGCUGGUGUCUGGGGAAACAGAAGCAUGGGCACACGUGCACGCUCUCCUUGCACCGGAAGUGGAUUCUGUCAGUGAGGUGCAGCUGACAGCAGAGGCUGGAGGCGUGACAGAACCAACCCAACACCAGACUCUCUUCGGUCAAGCUUUACGCCCCACAAGCAGUUCUCCGAAUGAGAUGAGAAUGGUGGGUGCCGUAGAUGAUCCUGGUGAGAGUCCGUCACACUGCCCUCGCCUCGACGCCACUCGAGCUCACGCUCCUGCAGCAUCUGUUCCAGGCGCUAGCGACCAUACAGAUGAGCCGACUCAGAAAACAAUCCACGUCCAAGAUGAGGACUCGGAGGGGGAAUCCACCGGUGGACCGGAAAAAGAUUCUUUUAAGUCAUGUCAGUACCAGCCCGAAGUCACAGUGAAGAAGCAAGGAACAUCUUCACCACAGAACACCAUGAAUAAAAGUGACAUUUCUCCAGGUUCCUGUGAGGAGUUUGCUGCCAGACUGUUCUCUCUGAGCACAGGCUUGGCUGCUGCAACCAACGAUUUGAACAAAGGUGUGCUUGUUGUUUCCAGCCCUAAAGAACAAAGUCCAAGCGCCAGCAACAUCCCCGUCUCUGCUCCUCCUGAGAUCGUGCCAGCGGAGAACAUGAUGCUGAGCCCUGAGCAUCGCCCCGUCGACUCAUCCCAAGACAACUUAAGGGAGACGGCCCUGAGCACGGACGAGGCUUUGCUUGGAGCCAUGGGCGCGCCACUCUCGCCCCUCGCCAUCUCACCUAAAAGGAAAAACUCUGAAAGAGAGGACUCGGGGGCUCAAUGUGAUGGCUGGAGAGGGUUCAGACUGGAGUCUGGCCCUGGGGUGGACACUCUGUUCCUGUCUGAGGGUCAGAGCAGACAGGCCUCAGUUCCACCCCACCCCAGCAGAGGGGCCUACAACCACUCCGACGAUGUUCUGGCUUCUUUUCUGAGCAAGGAGGAUGGUGACGAUGGGCUCCAGCAGAAGGUUCAGCUGGCUGGAGGGUCGACCUCUUCCAACCUGGUCCUGUGGAAGUCCAUCGAGGAGAUAUCAGAAGCAGGCGGAGGAGAGGAUGGAAGCUCCAGAUUCCCCGAGGACGAUGUCAGUAAUCUGACCGCUGAUGUUGGGGACAGCAUGAGGGAGGAGCUGCAGGACAUGUGGGCGUGUUGUAACAGUAACCAUGACUCGGUGAGUGGGAGGCUGAACGCUCUGUCAACAGAGAUGCGACCCCAGUCUGCCAGUGUCAGCGUGAGGGAGUCGGUGACUAACAUCCCGCUGGAAGAUACGCCAGCUGGGGUGAGUGGCAAACUCUCUGAUGAAGAGCAGGGACCAGGGUCACUGAGCAAGUCUGGCACUGAACGAGCUCAUGCGAGUCACCCAGUCUGCUCAGAAGAUGACUCGCAUUCCAGUCCACCGAGUCAGAACAUCAAAGGCGACCAUGCACUUUCCGUACUUCAGGGUUCCUUUGGCAGCUUCACACCUCAAUCAAAAAUGAUGGAGAAGAUGGUUUGUCAAGAAACAGAAGGUUCCAAGUCAACAUCAGACCCGAGUCGCGUCCUGGACGAACAAGACAAAGAGGUGAACAAAGGAAAUUCAGGCUUCUUUGAAAAGGAAGAAAGGGAAGCUGGUGGAGAGGUGUGUCCGGCUCAGAGGCAGCUGGAAGGCCCUGCAGUUGAGGGAGAACUGUGCACUGAUCUCCAGCCUUCCACUGAGAAGGCAAGCCAAGGAAAGCAGAAGGAAACAGCCAUCUCUGACUCCGAGGCUCACUCCAAUGACGAGCUGAAGAAAGCUAUUACUGACGCACUUGAAGAAAAGGCAGCGCUUGACACGAGACACCGUGCACGGACAGACUACACCCUAGACAUGAACCAGAACCGCAUCAUUAGGAGCCCACAAGCCUUUGACCCUGCACACUCACGCGCAACAUCCCUUCCCCUGACUCCCAUUCUUCGCUCACAUGACCUUCCCACACAGCAGCAGCAGUCGCAGCCCGCGCGCUCACUCGCUAUCCAUCGCAGCAGCGACGACCCCGGAGGGCCGUCAACCUCCGCAAACGUCCCAUCAGCUUCCUUCCCAAAGCCUCCGAGUCUCUCUCAGCCAACUCAGGAGUCGAGUCCUAAAAACAGAAAGACACACUCAGGAUCCAGCUCAGUGAGGGAGGUGGAGAGUGACGGAGGCCACGGGCCGCCUCCUUCUGGAGACGCAUUCCGGCCAGAAGAAUCUUUUAUGUGUGGGAAUGACACCACGCCGAGUCUCAGCGCUGAGAAUCACAUGCAGAUUCAGCCCUUCAGCUCUCGGAAACUGACUGGUUGUCAGCACAGUCUCAAGACUUCUGAGGACAUUUGCUUCAACAGCAGUUCCAUGUUGGCGUCCUGUAAUGAGUCAGAAAGUGAGGGCUCGCUCACUGAAGAUCAAGAGGCACUGAGAGCAUCUGACCCACGGAUCUCCACCGUGGAUGAUGGUUUAAACAGAACAAAACAAAGUCGCAGUGAGAAGAAGGCGCGCAAGGCCAUGUCUAAACUGGGUCUGAAGGCCGUCCAUGGCGUGACCCGCAUCACCAUCAGGAAGUCCAAGAGCAUCCUGUUCGUCAUCAGCAGGCCAGAUGUAUUCAAGAGUCCAGCCUCAGACAUUUACAUCGUCUUUGGAGAAGCAAAGAUCGAAGACCUGUCCCAGCAGGCGCACAAAGCAGCUGCAGAGAAGUUCAAGAUGCCCGGAACCUCCUCUUCCUUAGCGCCCACCGUCCCUCCCAGCCUUGCCAUCAAGGAGGAAGCUGAGGAAGAGGAAGGGCAGGUGGACGACGGCGGCCUGGAGCAAAGGGACAUCGAACUGGUGAUGGCUCAGGCCAACGUGUCCAGAGCCAAAGCUGUCCGUGCGCUGAAACACAACAAAAAUGACAUAGUGAACGCCAUUAUGGAGCUGACCAUGUGACCCUGCUCCCACCGCCAGAGGGGCUCGUCUGCCUUGCUGCUAAUGUCAUGUUGCAUCCCAGUUGUCUGCUCAAUAAAGCCGUUGCUACCCGAACCCUCAGCACUCAACACUAGCUGCUGUCCUCAUCCUUCUAAUAUUCUUCCGCCCCCUCAGUCCCAGACUGCAUCAGGAGGACACCAGCGGCGGAGAGGUCCUCAGCGCUCACACUCUUCAGGAGGGAAAACGCAGAUCCUUCCGCUCCCAAAAGUGGUUCAUGUGGACGGAGUAGUGUGUGAAUGAGAGAAGGAACGCUGGUGGUCAUGGCCCAGGGAUUUAUUGUGAAGCAGACAGUGUGUUUUCCUUGACAGACUUUGGCAGGAUUCUCUCAUGUCAACGAAACAAAAAGGUGCAGGUUUAAUGAUGGGCCUUUGCCAACAUAGCUCUAGCGUUAGCUCAAUGAAUCCCUUUCUAAAGAGCCUGUGAGAAUAUCGAACCAAAGGCCAGUCAGAUCUUUAUCCUGAAUAUAUCGGCUUCACUGAAAUAUCAUCAAGUUAAUCCUCAUUCUCAAAUUCCGUUGCCAUUCAGACCUGGAGUCUGCACAGUUGGGUCACCGUCAGACGGUCGCCUCGGCGCUCACGCAUCUGGAAGGACGUUGUUCUCGAAGUGACCCUGGUUGGUGACGUUCCCUGCCGGAGAGUAGCGAGCCACCACGAACGUCGAGCCGUCCGACGCCGUCGCUUUGCCCACGCCCAUCCUUUCCG